GUGUACGAAGAAUUGCAUCUAUAGUAAAUGAGAGAUCGCGUUUAUCUUUAGUUUUGUAAUGAACAGUCGCAUUUUUUAUGAAUAAAUUUUUCAAACAGUAAAUUAUAUAAACAUAAAUAGAUUAAUUAAAUAAAUAUAGUAAUUAUUAAAGAAAAAAAUGGCUACACUAUCACAAGGAGUACCCACGACUCAACGACAUUAUGGGAAUCAACCGGUGCCAUACGGUAUACGAGUGGGUAAUCUUUUUAUAAUCGAGCUUACAAAAGAAAUGUUUAUUGAUAAUGGCUCAGAAAAAAUAUAUUUUCAACAAUGUCUUGAGGCAUACAUAAAUAUUUUAAGGAAAAAACUCUCGCAUAACAAAGAAGAUUGGAUGGGAUUGAUAUUUUGUAGGGCAAAUAAACCUACAGAUGAUUUGAGUAUUACAAAUGAUGAUAAUGAUCCAGAGCCCGAAGGUUUAUUAACCAUACAAAAAUUUAGCUUAAUCGAUCGUGAUAUGUUUUUUGAUAUUUCUAAAGCUUAUACAAAAGACAUUGAAUAUUGGAAAAAUUUGUGUUCUGAUGAAGAGUGUUCUAUUGGUGAUGUUUUAAUCCAUGCAGCUAGGACCAUUAAUGGAGUAAAAAAGGUAAUGUCCGGACGUCGAGUCAUUUUUAUUACUUGCAACGAUAAUCCAUCACCUCAUGAUAUUGAAGAACAAAAUAAAAUAAGAAUAAAUGCUAAAAGCUUCAAAGACAUAGAUAUUAAGCUACAAGUUAUAGGAUUGGGUGAAGAAUUUGAUUAUAAUUGUUUUUAUAAAGAAGUAGAAAUGUUAUCAGAAUUCUCAGGUGCUCGAGAAUUUAAGAUGAUGAAUUUAAAAGACUUAGAGGAAGAUAUUAUUCACCGAUCUCAUGUGGCAGGCCACAUGGACCUGAGAAUACAACCAAAUAUGUAUAUAAGAGUUAGUAUUCAAGGAUUUUGUAAAAGUCGCAAACAUUUACGAGAAAUUCCAGCAAGUAAAGCUACUAAUGAACCUCUUGAUCGAUAUUCGUGGUGGUCAUUUGACCAAGAUAUUUCGGAUGAAUUAGAUGAUGAACUUAAUACAUUUUUAACUCAAAAGGAUCCAGAAACGUUGAAAAAAAUGAUAUCUUAUGGUCAGAGAAAUAUUUUUUUUACACUAGAUGAAUUCCGAAAGAUGCGUAAUAUGCGUCCUCGAGGAAUUGAUCUCUUAGGCUUCAAACCGAAAGAUUCAAGAGAUCCUUUAUAUCAAAUACACCCUCCUCUUUUUGUUGGAUGCCACAGUGGUGCGACAAAAUGUGAAAUGGAAUUUUUUGCUGCUUUAUUAUCACGAAUGAAUGCAAAAAAUCUCAAAGCAAUUUGUGCAGUGACAUUAAAAACUGCUCUACCAACUCGACUAUUCGAAAUGUGGCCUUGUACUAAAUACGGAGGAUUUUACAUUCAUCGAAUGCCAUUUAAAGAAGAUGUACGACAUUCGCUGGAUGAUAUAACUGAAGGGUUUAAUUUUACUGAAGACAACCCACCUCCAAUCAAUGAUCUCGAUAUUAACUUAAUGAAACAUGUUGCUAAAAAAUUAUAUUUUUCAUAUGAUCCUAAAAUGUUUAAAAAUCCACGUCUACAAAAACAAAUGGAUUACGUUGAAAGCUUAGCAUUAGAAUUGCCACCCGGUUCUCCUCCUGUAGAUACUACUUUACCUAAUGAAGAUGAUAUUAAUGAACGACUGAGAAGAGAUAAUUUGCUUCAACGUUAUAAAGAUAAUUUUGGUUGUCAUGCACUUCAAGAGCAGGUGAAAGUUAAAAGAUUAGAGGUAGAAUGGGUACGAAAUGCUUUACGGGAACAACAACUUCAUAAGUAUACCGUAGAUGUAUUAAAAUCAAUGCUAAAGACUCUAGAUCAAAGAAUUCAAGGAAAAAAACAAGAGCUCAUUGAUAGACUUGAAGAGUACCGAGUUAAGCAUCUUGUUGAAUAAAUGUAUUAAUAUUUUUUUUCUCCAUAAAAUGUUCUAUACAAGUUUAAGUUUUCGUUAUUGAUUAGUAUUACAUAAACGUACUAUUUUUGUUAUUCUAAGAAAUUUAUAUGUCUUGUAUCUGUUUUUCAUAAUAAAU